AAUUUUCCCCAAUUAUUAAAGGGUAGUGAUAAAUAAAAUGUAUGUUAACGAUGAAUAGUAUUCUUUUGUUUGUUACCAAACCUAUGGUGGUGGUUGUGCUGGUAUGUAACAGUUGGGCUUAAAGUUACUAUAAGGAACUUUUAACUGGUUAAGAAACUGUCUCUUAUGAUGCCUCUACAUGACCUUGAUAAGUAAACGAGACCAUCAGCGAGAAGAUUGGUUGUUUUUAUAUAGUUAUUCUCAAUGCCUGUCAUUGGGUCUGUUUCUAAAGUAUUUACUGCAUGCAGGUUCACCAGAAACUUCUUCAGCUCAGACUCCUACGGGGCCUCCGGCAGUGACUGUCCCGCCACGGACAGACCCAGAUCCGGCUUCGCUGCAGCCUUCGACCUGCAGUUGGAGCUCCUGCGGGAGCCGGCUGCUCCUCUAGUCCCCGCAGAUCCGAAUCUGGCCAAAGACAUGGUAGUGGUCGGGAAGGUCUUUCACGUGGUCCAGGACGACCUGUACAUUGACGUCGGCGUGAAGUUCCACUGCGUGUGCCGGCUGAAGUGGGGCAGCAGGGUCUAUCUGCGACUGCAGGACCUGGAGCUCAUUGCCCACUUCCUGGGAGCCAACACUGACACCACGCUGCUGGAGACCCAGGCCGUAUUGGUGGGAGGGAAGGGAGGCACAGGAGAACCAGAACCAGGACUGAGCGGGGCAGACUGUCAGACCGUGCUGCAGUAAAAUGAGAGGUUUUCUAAAGUGAGUCUGGCAGCUGCAGAUCUUUACGGAACGAGGCUCAUGGAAAUAUUAUCGCUUUUGUCCACAGGGGCCGCCAAAAUCAACACAAGAUGAAAGUUCCUUGUAGUAACUUUAAAAUAUUUCGGUACCCCUAACUUUGCCCCCCCCCAUUUGAAAUGAUCUAGAACAGUGGUCUCAAACUCAAUUUACCUGGGGGCCGCU